AUGACACAAACCACACACUUCACCUCUCCGCCGGCGACCAAAACCGGUGGACAACAACAAGAAGUUUCGAGCGGAUGGCGACGCCCGCAACAAGAGGUUGAUGGCGGACUGACGCUUGUGACUAGGGCUGAUGGGGAGCGAGUGGCUUCUGUGAUUCGCCUUUUAUCAUCAGAAAAUUUUACGACGACUAAGCCCGCCAUGGCUGCAGAAAACCAGCUGCCCAAUGAGAACUCAAUCUCAAAGACAAAUCCAAUUUUCGCCUGGCCAAGAUACGCGCCUAGUUCCGUAAAAAUCCGAUCUUUUUAUUAA